GCAAAGCUGUAUCGUCUGGGUGUGUAAGUUCGCAACUUUCCCCUGGAGUUGACAGUGGAAAGACUGUUUUCUUAUCAAGCCUUCCCUAUUCAAGCCCUACUUCCGCUGCUGGGUACGACCACGAGGCUUAAUGACAGUCUAGACCUAUUCGAGCCUUGCCUCCGGUACCAUCAAGAACACGGAGGUAUGCUUGUAACACCUCAUAUUAGAUCAUAGUCUCAAGUCAAUGUAUGAUGUGUACUGAUACGUUCUUGUUUGUGUCCUCUCUUCGGUCCACGAUGGGAGUCGAGGUAAUGGCCAAUUACCAGAUUUCGGUACAAGAUCGAGACUCAAAACAUGCAGGUUUUCUCGGUUUCCUGAAGUUGUCCUCGCCAUCUUCAGCAGGUUGUCGCCUUAGACGCCGUUUGCCUGGAAAAUGUCCUUUACCGUUGCAAAUAACGUAGCGCAUCCUGACGGCAGUCCUGCCAAGUUUUCUCCCCAUCCUGUCGAAUAUGAAAAUACAAUCUAUCAAAAAGGACUUCAAUUCGAGCGACCGCCUUUCACUUUUCAGAGCGAUCAAUGGGAGACAAAAGCUCGCGAGCGCCUAUCAGCCGAAUCCAAUGGCUAUGUCAUGGGCAACGCUGGGACUGGCGAGACAACACGCAAGAAUCGUGAAGCAUUUGCAAAAUGGUCGAUUGUACCCAGGCGAUUAGUCAAAACAGAUGACUUGCCAGACCUCUCCACAAGGAUUUUGGGAGACAUGUUUCCCUUCCCUAUUGCGAUCGCCCCCGUUGGUGUACAGCGAAUCUUCAAUCCUGAGGGUGAGGAGGCUGCGGCCGCUGCCGCGGCGAAAGAAGGUGUGCCGUACAUUUUGAGCACCGCGAGCAGCACCAGCAUUGAGGAUGUUGCAAAAGCCAACGGUGACGGCACUCGAUGGUAUCAACUCUACUGGCCGUCGAAUGAGCAUAAUGACAUUACAGCAUCUCUGCUCUCCAGGGCGAAGAGUGCGGGCUUCUCGGCAUUGUUUGUCACUCUGGAUACGUACAUCCUUGGCUGGCGACCAACUGAUAUGGACAAUGGCUAUAACCCGUUUUUAAGAUCUGACAAGAUUGGAGUAGCAAUCGGUUUCAGUGACCCUGUCUUCCGAUCGCAAUUCAAAGCAAAACACGGCGUUGAGAUCGAGGAUGACUUGCACACAGCAGCUGCGGACUGGACCAGGAUUGUUUUCCCAGGCCUCAGUCACUGCUGGGAGGACAUCCAAUUCCUCAAAGAACAGUGGAAGGGACCUAUCAUUCUGAAAGGAAUUCAGACUGUGGAAGACGCUCAGAGAGCUGUGGAGCUUGGCCUUGACGGUAUUGUGGUUAGCAACCAUGGCGGAAGACAGGUGGACGGCGGAGUCAGUUCACUCGCAGUCCUUCCACGCAUUGUUGAGGCAGUCGGCGACAAAUUGGACAUCUUUUUCGAUUCUGGGAUUAGGGCUGGGGCUGAUAUCGCGAAAGCAUUGGCACUUGGAGCACAAAUGGUACUGAUAGGUCGACCGUACGUUUAUGGGCUUGCAAUAGGUGGGCAGGGAGGUGUGCAGCAUGUCUUGAAAUCACUCUUGGGUGACCUGCAGCUCACUCUUCACCUGGCAGGCGUUCAGAGUGCGAGUCCGGAGCAUCUCAAUCGUAGCGUAUUAGAGCGGGAAGACAGCCUGUGAUUGAUAAGGGUGGUUCACUUGCUUGGCCCACAGUCAUACCUUAACGAACAACAUGAUGAGGGAUCGAGCAAUCUGACUUGUCACAAUUGAACUUUGAUAUUUCUGAGGGGAUCCGGACCUCACAAAGAGUCGUCCCGGAGCAUUAGAUCUGCGGGACUUCUAUAAAG